AUAGUGCUUUAGGAUGCUGGAGCAGAGCAGUAGCGUAUCAUCAGGACCAGAAGUGUGAGUGGGAUGCAGACACAGAGUGAGAUGUAAAUGGAGCAGUACUGUCACCAAGAGAAAUUGGACGUCCAUACCAUUUCGAAGUGCUUUGCAUUUAAACGCAAACAGCAUCUCUCUAAAGUAAUCCAUUACUGACAAUUAAUGUCAAAGUGCACGCUGGAGCAGCUUCAUGCUGCCUCGCCGGGUGAACCAUUGCUAAUGGAAAGAAAGCCUUAUGAGAUCCAGCUGAUCAAAAUACACCUAAAUGCAGCAUAAUGCCUUCAAAAGUGUCAUGUUUAUACCUGUUGACAGUGGUCUGCUGGGCGAGUGCUCUGUGGUACUUAAGUAUAUCUCGCCCAACGUCCACCUAUGUCGGCCACAUGUCGGUGCCUAUACGGAAGACUGCAAAAACCCCAAAAAACAUCACCUUCACCAACAUCCACACCCGCCCCCUCAACCCACACGCCUUUGAAUUUGUCAUCAACGAACCGAAGAAGUGCGAAAGCGUCGCCCCCUUCCUGGUCAUCCUCAUCAGCACCACGCACAAGGAGUUUGACGCGCGGCAGGCCAUCCGGGAGACCUGGGGGGACGAGAGCACCUUCACCGACAUCCGCAUCCUCACCAUCUUCCUGCUGGGCAAGAACACGGACCCCGUCCUGAACCAGAUGGUGGAGCAGGAGAGCCAGAUCUUUCAUGACAUUGUGGUGGAGAACUUUAUUGAUUCCUACCACAACCUCACCCUCAAGACCAUGAUGGGCAUGCGCUGGGUGGCCACCUUCUGCCCCAAAGCGCAGUACGUCAUGAAGACGGACAGCGACAUCUUCGUCAACAUGGACAAUCUGAUCUACAAGCUCCUGAAGCCCACCACCAAGCCCAGAAGGAGAUAUUUCACUGGCUAUGUUAUAAACGGGGGUCCCAUUAGGGAUAUGCGCAGUAAGUGGUACAUGUCCAGGGACUUGUACCCCGACAGUAAGUACCCUCCUUUCUGCUCGGGCACUGGCUACAUCUUCUCGGCAGACGUUGCUGAGCUCAUCUUCCAGACUUCAUUACACACGAGACUGUUGCACCUGGAGGAUGUGUAUGUGGGACUGUGUUUGCGCAAGCUUGGUAUACACCCGUAUCAGAACAGUGGUUUUAAUCACUGGAAGAUGGCCUACAGUCUGUGCAGGUACAGGCGGGUUAUCACCGUGCACCAGAUCUCCCCGGAGGAGAUGCACCGCAUUUGGAAUGACAUGUCCAGCAAGAAGCACCUGAGAUGUUAAGGGGCCACCGAACAACAACUUUAUUUUAUUUUUUUUGUUGUUGCCUUUUUCCUCUUUUUUCAAAUCUCAUCACAGUGAGAAAUGUAAAAACACUGAGAGCUGCUGCAAGUCUCUAUUUCAUGACAGUGUUUUUUAUUUACAUCCCUCUAUGUCUCUUUCUGCUGAUUACACCUCACGAUUGUUAAUGAAUGCAUGAGGCUUGUAAAGCGCGUAUUCUCAUGCAUAAUUAAAAAUGUGGUGUUUGUUCCUGAAAGUAAUUUUUGUUCAUGUAUUCCAGGUACAAAUGAAAGCAGAAUAUUCUUUAUAAGCAUUAAGUCAAUCAGCGUUAAGCGUUAAGAAGUAGUGUGGCCUCAUGGGUAAGAGAAGGCCUUGGUUUCAUACUCAUAACCUUCUGCCCUGCUAAAGUGUCCUUGAGCAAGACACUGGAUCUCUACGAGCUGCAUGGCUGCUGACUCAGCACCCGGAUUUUCCUGCAGGAGAGCAAGCCGAAAGAGGAAUUGUGUGCAGGAAUCAAUAAAGUAUUAAAUUACUAUAUUACAGCUAAAAUAUCAUACAUUUUAAAAGUAUUAUUUGCAAAGAAAGAAGAGUUCCCGGACAAUUAGAGUGCAAAUAGUGAUCAUACCCAACAACAAAGCAGGUGUUCUGUUGAGGUGAAACUACAUCUACACUUAUGCUGCCAUCUUUAUCAUGUCGGAUACAAAGCUGAAAAUAAGCUGCAGUAUAUUAUCAGUCUCCAAACAGACCGAGUUGAUAGAUAUUUUUGCUAUUUUUCAAUUGAUCUUUUUCUCUUGCAUUGGUAAAAAUGAAACCCUGUAGCUAGAUUCACUGGAUGCUCUUUUCUUUUUUCUUUUUUAUGAAUUUGCCUGAUGUUUUUGUUUACACAUUGUUAUGCUUCCACUGCCUCUUCUCUGUGAAAAAGUCAGAUGUAUAUUUUGGUUUUCAGAUGCAUUUUGUUUUUCCUCCACUUUGACAUUUUUAUACUUGAGGUAAUUGUGUGUCUCAGCUACCAGCUCCUCAUUACUCCAGCUGCUGCUCUUGGUUAUGUAUGCUGUAUGUCAGCAGCUAUUUCAGCUCAUCGCCUCCUCCACAUAUCAAGAGAAAUACAGCAUAAUGUCGUGCAAGUAUGAGUUUAUCUGUAGCUAAGACCAUUACAGACUGGAUGUAUUAUCAUAUGUAUCUGGCAUAUCAGUGAUUGCUGAAGCAUUGCUACUGACAUCAUGGAGAAAAAAAAUGUGUUUCUCAGAAAAUGUGGCUUUCAUGGCCAAAUUUUCAUUUCUUUUUUUCAAAAGUUUUGUAGUAUAACAAGCUAAUGUGACAUUUACUGUGAAAGCAUCUAUCCCGCAAGGGGUUGUUGUUAUAUAUUGUAUGUUUUUUAUAUUAAAAAACAAAUACUUGAAUAAUUAAAGUUAUAUUACUGCUUUCA